UCAUAAUAGAAAAUCAAAUGGUGUGGCAUCGAUGAAAAAAUAUUUUGUGAAAAUGUAAAACGAAAUUUUCCUAUUUAAACAAAACCAAUGAAGAUAAAAGACUUCAAUAACUUUACUACAACCAGUGCCAAAUAGAAUAAAAGUAAAAUGAAGAGUGAAUAGUAAAGGGUGAAGGGUAAAUUGAUAUGUUAAGUGGUCCAGUGAACAUAUUUAAUGGUGGCCAAGGAAGAAAUUGAUAAAACUCCAAAAAAUUUUUGAUUUUUUUUACAAAUUAAUGCCAAAAACGAUAAGUUAACAUGCUAGGUAGAAAGCAAAGCCUUAAGGGCGAGCCUAUACUGGCUGAUUAUGGUCCGGAGGAGAGUUUGAAUGAAAGUGCUGAUAUUGAAUGGGUGAACAAGUUAUGGGUUCGAAGAUUAAUGCGUCUCUGUGCAUUAAUAUCGCUUGCCUCAGUAUCGUGCAAUACACCGAAAACCUUCGAACGGUAUCCAUUCUUUCAAUAUCUCACUUUUAUAUCUGACACUACGGUAACGUUACUGUUCUCCGCUGAAAUGGUUGCGAAAAUGCACAUACGCGGAAUAUUAAAGAAAUCGCUACAGGGUGAAGUGCCCUAUUUCAAAGAUCACUGGUGUCAAUUCGAUGCGUCAAUGGUAGUGUUUCUGUGGCUGUCCAUAACAUUGCAAAUAUUUGAAAUGUUGGGAAUUGUGCAGAGAUUCUCAUCGCUGUCGAUAAUUCGAGCACCACGACCGCUGAUUAUGAUACGGUUUUUGAGAGUUUUCCUGAAAUUUUCGAUGCCCAAGAAGCGAAUCAAUCAAAUUUUCAAACGUUCGAGUCAACAGAUUUACAACGUUACGCUGUUCUUCUUGUUCUUUAUGUCUCUCUACGGACUUCUAGGGGUGCAGUUCUUUGGUGAAUUGAAGAACCAUUGCGUUUUGAAUACAACCGAAAAUGAAUUCCUCACGAUUAAUUCUUUGGCCAUACCAGACACAUUCUGUUCAACCGAUCCUGAUUCAGGCUAUCAGUGCCCCAGUGGAAUGAAAUGUUUGAAAAUGGAUUUUUUGAGCAAUUAUGUGAUGGGAUUCAAUGGAUUCGAGGAUUUGUACACAAGUAUAUUCACAGUGUAUCAGGCGGCAUCGCAGGAAGGCUGGGUUUUCAUAAUGUACAGAGCUAUUGAUUCGCUACCAGCGUGGAGAGCAGCCUUUUACUUUAGUACAAUGAUCUUCUUCUUGGCAUGGUUGGUCAAAAACGUUUUCAUAGCCGUAAUCACCGAGACAUUCAACGAGAUUCGAGUACAGUUUCAAUUUCGAGCCCGCGGACAAAUACAGAAUAGUGCAGCGUCACAGAUGUUAACUGGUGACGAUGCGUGCUGGAAACUGAUAACUAUUGACGACAGUAAACACGGUGGCAUUGCACCGGAUAUAUGUCAUGCAAUUUUACGGUCGCCGUACUUUCGAAUGAUUGUGAUGACGGUAAUAUUAGCCAAUGGCAUAGUCACGGCGAGUAUGAACUUCAAACAUGACGGUCGCCCGAGACAAGUAUUCUAUGAGCAUUACUACUACAUCGAGUUGGCGUUUACAUUUUUCCUUGACUUGGAAACGCUGUUCAAGAUUUACUGUUUGGGAUGGAGGAGCUAUCACAAACAUUCAAUACACAAAUUCGAACUCCUUCUGGCUAUCGGGACAACUUUGCACGUUCUACCUGGAUUGUAUCUGUCCGGGCUGACGUACUUCCAAGUUCUACGUGUUGUUCGACUGAUCAAGGCAUCACCGAUGCUGGAAGGAUUCGUUUAUAAAAUCUUUGGCCCAGGAAAGAAACUCGGUUCACUCAUCAUAUUCACCAUGUGUCUGUUGGUGGUCAGUUCCAGCAUUUCGAUGCAAUUGUUUUGCUUUUUGUGUGACUUUACAAAGUUCGAAACAUUUCCGGAAGCUUUUAUGUCUAUGUUUCAAAUAUUGACUCAAGAGGCGUGGGUGGAAGUUAUGGAUGAGACAAUGAUACGAACGAGUAAAACACUUACGCCACUGGUGGCUAUGUAUUUCAUCUUGUAUCAUCUGUUUGUCACAUUGAUUGUGUUGAGUUUGUUCGUUGCGGUUAUCUUGGAUAAUUUGGAGUUGGAUGAGGAUAUCAAGAAAUUGAAACAGUUGAAAUUUCGGGAACAAAGUGCCGAAAUCAAAGAGACUCUACCGUUUCGUUUGCGUGUUUUUGAGAAGUUUCCCGAUUCACCCCAGAUGACCAUUCUGCAUAAGAUACCCAGCGAUUUUACAUUACCAAAGGUACGAGAAUCAUUCAUGAAACAGUUUGUGAUUGAGUUGGAAAGUGACGAUCCCAUGGCUAUGGAAUCUACCAAGCGACCGAUUUCGGAAUGCUGGGAAUCGAAUGUAGUGUUUCGGAAGCAAAAGCCGGUGCGCAUCAUGAACAAAACCUCGAAGGUCCGGUCGGUUGGAUGCAGUUUGCGUAAAUCGGCUAUAACGCACAUAAUAAACGAUUCAAACAAUCAACGUUUAAUGCUUGGAGACUCAGCAAUGCUUCCCGUUGCUGGAGGAAAGUCAGGGCUUAAACCGCAGGGUACAAUAACUCAUCAGAAGCAGUGGCGAGCUGACCAGAAAAAAUUCGGCUCUCGAUCGAUACGUCGAAGUGUACGAAGCGGUUCCAUUAAACUCAAGCAAACGUACGAACAUUUAAUGGAAAAUGGUGACAUUGGAGCUGCAUCUCGUGUCACAUCGUCACGAGCACGGCCCCACGAAUUGGAUAUAAAACUAUUGCAGGCCAAACGCCAACAGGCUGAAAUGCGUCGAAAUCAACGCGAAGAAGACUUGCGAGAAAAUCAUCCGUUUUUCGAUACGCCACUCUUUGUCGUUCCUCGCGAAAGUCGCUUCCGGAAAAUUUGCCAAAUAAUCGUUCAUGGUCGGUACGAUGCCAGAUUAAAGGAUCCGCUGACCGGAAAGGAGCGCAAGGUUCAAUACAAAAGCUUGCACAAUUUUCUGGGACUGGUCACGUACUUGGAUUGGGUUAUGAUUUUCAUCACCACAAUCUCUUGUAUAUCAAUGAUGUUCGAGACGCCACAGUUCCGAGUUAUGGAGAAUGUGGUACUUCAAGUGGCCGAAUAUGCUUUCGUCAUUUUCAUGAGUCUUGAAUUGACACUGAAAAUUCUGGCUGAUGGACUGUUCUUCACACCCAAAGCAUACAUGAAAGACGUUGCAUCUGCCUUAGAUGUGUUCAUUUACAUAGUGUCGACAACAUUUUUGAUUUGGAUGCCCAAAUCGGUUCCAAGCAAUUCGUCUGCUCAACUCUUAAUGAUUCUGCGAUGCGUCCGACCACUUCGAAUAUUCACUUUAGUUCCACAUAUGAGGAAAGUGGUGUACGAAUUGUGCCGAGGCUUUAAGGAGAUCUUGCUCGUAUCGACACUUUUGAUUCUUCUGAUGUUUGUGUUUGCCAGUUAUGGAGUUCAAUUAUACGGUGGAAGACUAGCGCGGUGCAACGAUCCAACAAUCAUAAAACGUGCUGACUGUGUUGGUGUAUUUAUGCGUCGCGUCUUCGUGACUAAGAUGAAACUUCAACCCGGUUUCAAUGAGUCCUAUCCGUCGAUGUUAGUACCGAGAGUCUGGGCCAAUCCACGUCGAUUCAACUUUGAUAACAUUGGAGAUGCUAUGCUCGCAUUGUUCGAAGUUUUAUCGUUCAAGGGAUGGCUGGACGUUCGCGAUGUUUUGAUCAAAGCAGUGGGACCGGUCCAUGCCAUCUACAUUCACAUCUACAUCUUCUUGGGCUGUAUGAUCGGAUUGACGCUAUUUGUUGGUGUUGUUAUUGCCAAUUAUUCGGAGAAUAAGGGCACUGCUCUGUUAACCGUCGAUCAGAGAAGAUGGUGUGAUCUUAAAAAGCGACUAAAGAUCGCUCAACCUCUUCACCUUCCACCAAGACCCGAUGGGCGAAAGUUUCGCGCAUUCGUUUACGAUAUAACACAGAACAUCAUUUUCAAACGAUGCAUUGCUGUCGUUGUAUUGGUGAACAGUAUGCUCCUGUCUAUAACGUGGAUCAAAGACGAAAUUCACACCGAACGUUUGGUCAUCAUUAGCACGUUAUUAACGUUUGUGUUUGUCAUUGAGGUGGUCAUGAAAAAUAUCGCCUUUACCCCACGAGGAUACUGGCAAUCGCGUCGAAAUCGAUACGACCUACUUGUUACCGUAGCUGGUGUUGUUUGGAUAUUCUUACAAACAACACUACGCAGUCAUCUGUCCUACUUCAUUGGUUUCAUGGUGGUGAUACUGCGGUUCUUUACCAUAACCGGCAAACAUACGACACUGAAAAUGCUAAUGUUAACAGUCGGCGUAUCUGUGUGCAAAUCUUUCUUCAUCAUUUUCGGCAUGUUUUUGCUGGUGUUCUUCUACGCUCUUGCCGGUACAAUUUUAUUCGGUACCGUCAAGUAUGGUGAAGGCAUUGGUCGUCGAGCUAAUUUUGGUUCGCCGAUAACUGGCGUUGCAAUGUUAUUCCGGAUUGUAACGGGUGAAGAUUGGAAUAAGAUCAUGCACGACUGUAUGGUACAGCCGCCGUAUUGUACGAUUUCAGCAAACUAUUGGGAAACUGAUUGUGGAAAUUUCACCGCAAGUUUGGUUUACUUUUGCACAUUCUAUGUGAUAAUCACAUACAUUGUGUUGAAUCUGUUGGUGGCUAUCAUCAUGGAGAACUUUUCAUUGUUCUAUUCCAACGAAGAAGACGCCCUGCUUUCCUAUGCUGACAUUCGGAAUUUCCAGAACACUUGGAAUAUAGUCGACAUUCAUCAGCGUGGGGUGAUACCUGUUCGAAGGGUGAAAUUCAUUUUAUGUUUGCUGAAAGGACGGCUCGAGUGCAAUCCACAAAAGGAUAGAUUGCUGUUCAAGUACAUGUGCUACGAGUUGGAUAAAUUGCAUAACGGUGAAGAUGUCACCUUUCAUGACGUUAUCAAUAUGCUGUCGUAUCGGUCAGUUGAUAUACGGAAAGCUCUCCAAUUGGAGGAAUUAUUGGCGAGGGAAGAGUUUGAAUACAUAAUCGAAGAAGAAGUCGCUAAACAGACUAUUCGAACAUGGUUGGAAGGAUGUUUGAAAAAAAUACGAACUCAAAAUGCUAGCAAACAGCAAAACUCUCUUCUCGCGGGUUUGCGCGCUACCAACGAAGCUUUGCAGAAACAGGAACUUGACGACGAGAAGAAAGAAGGUUCCAUUGAAUCGGAGCCCGAUUUGAAAGAGGCCGAUACACAGCGCAUUUCAAAAAAAUCCCAAAACAUUCUCAAUCGAUCCGAUUCCACCGGCAGCACCAAUGGCAGAAAGUUUUUAGCGCCCACACUGUCCGAUCCUCAAGCCCGUAAUCCGAAAGAUACAUUUACAUCGAACAAAAAGAAGGGGCCAGUACGUCCAGCCAGUACGGCUAAGCCAAGUCUAACACAUUUCAAUGAACUGACACAUCAUCAUGCCGGCCAUACACAUGGCCAUGGUCAUGAACAAGCACAAGCCACAAAAAUGUCAGCUGUAGCUAAUCAGGUGACGAUGGUGUAUGAGGUACAUGAUUGGUGGUCGGAGCAAGUGAUUUGUACGCAAAGUAGUGACGAAGAAAUGUAGUUGUUAGUGUUGUGUGUUAUUGGGAAAAUAAAGUUUUCAUUAUUUAGAAGA